AUGAGCUCAGAUAUAGUUGAUUUUGUUCCAGUGUCAACGGUCGACGUUCAAGCGGUUGUGGGUCGCACGGCGCACCUACCCUGCGACAUCGAACCUGAUACCAACGAGGACAGGGUUUACAUGGUGCUUUGGUUCCGACACUCAGGCGGCAAACCUUUGUAUAGUUUCGACGUGCGCGGGCGCAGUUUCAACAAAGCACUACACUGGUCGGACCCGGCCGCGUUCGGUCGACGCGCGUACUUCGUCACCAUGUCACGACCGUCCUCACUCAAUGUGGAGGCGGUACAGCUUGACGAUGAGGGCAUCUAUCGCUGCAGGGUCGACUUCAAGAACUCGCCGACUCGCAACUUUCAGAUACGACUCAACGUUGUCGUUCCGCCACAUCAGUUGCUGUUAUACGACGAGAAUGGUAGAGACGUGGCGGGCGUGGUUGGACCCUUGGAAGAGGGCGGCAACUUUACUCUGCUCUGCGAGUUAAGAGGCGGUCGUCCACAACCAACGCUCACGUGGCUGAUCAACAAUAGAACAAUAGAAGAUCACACGAUACUGAAGAAUGAUGGGAAGGUGAUCGUCAGUAAGAUUUCCAUCGGGGGCGCGGAGAGGAGCUGGUUGAACACGACAGUGAGAUGCCAGGCCACCAACACAGCGUUACUCAGUCCACAUGAGAGGACAGCUAGAGUUGAAAUGCAUCUUCGUCCGACAUCAGUGUACAUAGUGGAGAAGCCAGUGCAAGUCUCAGCAGACACAGAGGUGACUCUCGUAUGCAUCUCACACGGCAGCCGCCCGCCUGCACAGAUCACAUGGUUCAGAGAGAACAGGAAAUAUACCAGAGGAAAGAAUACGGAGUUUUCGAACGAGACGUCAACAAUAAGCAGGCUGACGAUGCUCCCUCAGCCGGAAGACGACGCGGCUGUAAUAAGGUGUCGGGCAGACAACCCCAUUCUCAGAGUGGCUUUGGAAGAUUCUUUCAGAAUGACCGUAGUCUACAGACCAGUACUCACUAUGUCACUGGGCAGUACACUCAACCCCAAUGACAUAAAGGAAGGCGAUGACGUGUACUUCGAGUGUAACAUCAGAGCCAACCCUAAAGAGCACCGCAUCUCCUGGUACCAUAACGACCAGCAAGUAACACAAAACAUGUCUUCUGGAGUCUUCAUUAGCACCAAGUCGCUAGUACUGCAGCGAGUGAUGCGACGCGACGCCGGUCUCUACACGUGCCGUGCCGCCAACCAGAUCGGCGAGGCCAGCAGUCAGGCGGUAUAUCUUAGAGUACAAUAUGCACCAGUCUGCGAGCAGCCUUCACCGCUAUUAAUCGGCGCGAGAUUUGACGAGUCUCUGCGCGUGCGGUGCACAGUGAGUGCUGACCCCGCCGACGUCAGCUUCUACUGGCAGUUCAACAACAGUGGCGAGAGCUUCCAAGUCUCACCCGCUAGAUACGUAUCGACGGGAGGCACAGCUAGCGAGUUGCGGUACCGCGCGGCGAGCGAACGCGACUACGGCUCGUUGCUUUGCCGCGCCACCAAUGCCGUCGGCCGACAGAAGAAACCCUGCGUCUUUCAGAUUGUACCAGCAGCCCGUCCAUCACCACCAAAGAAUUGCACGGCAAAGAGGAUAAUGAAAAAUGGUGAAGUCUACCUGACGAUACAAUGCACAGCCGGGUACGACGGCGGCUUGUCACAGCAUUUCACUUUAGAAGCUCUAGGAGAUGCUGGAAAAGUCCUCGUUAAUGCAACGGCUGAAAGAAAUGAUAUGGUGGUAUGGCUGAACAUUAGUUUACUUGAGCUUGAUAGUUUAAGUGAAGACGAGACGCUGGCAAUUUUUGCUCGAAAUAACAAAGGUGCAUCAGAUCCUGUGAUUCUCAGAGAUAUGGUUUACAGAGAUGCUGCGAAACAAACAGAGAACGCAUCACGAUCAGACUCAAAAUUCCCGGCCGCUGCGGCAUUCGCAGGUUUGGCCGCUUGUUUAACUGCGAUUGCUGCCAUCGUUGUCCUGGUAUUGAAAAAGCGCAGUGAUAAUGCGUCAACGAGCAAGAGGCCAUCGCAAAGCGUGGUGCAAGUCGACGCAAACGGCAGACGAUACCUCAUCGCAUACCCCGCGCCUGCUGACAAGAUGGAGACCAAACCUGACAUACUUAAUCCAAAAUCUGAUAGCGAGCCUCCUCGCGUGGUGCUGGAGUCCAGUGACAGCAAGAGCUACACUAUACGAGACAUACACAAGGACGGCCAGCCUUCCGCCCCCGCGCUCCAAGCGACGUACGCUACUCCCACACCCCACGAUGACAUCAUGCCACAGAGAUAGCAAGAAGAAUGGAACUCUAGCGGCCUGUAAAUACAUCAUCCAAAGACUACCAUUGUAAAUUCCAAAUGCCAAUGAAUUGUAUUUAGUUAUUAAUAGAUCAAUUCUUCCAUAUCAUUUUUAAAAAUGUCCUAUUUUAUAGUGAGAAUUUAAAGAAGGUUUCUAUUAAUUUGUACUCAAAUAAAGAUUUUUGUCUCCUAAUCGAUUAGUCCUAUGAA